AUGGCUGACAUUCCUGAGGGAGAUUAUGAGAAGGGAAAGAAGGUGUUCAAGCAGCGAUGCCUUCAAUGUCACGUCGUUGACUCGACCGCUACCAAGACUGGCCCCACUCUGAAUGGAAUCAUCGGAAGGAAGUCUGGUACCGUUCCCGGUUUCGAUUACUCCGCUGCCAACAAGAACAAGGUCAGUUUGUUUCAGGCUUAAUUGAUCAUCUUUAUUUCUUAUUUUAGGGUGUCGUUUGGACUCGUGAGACCCUGUUCGAAUACUUGCUCAACCCCAAGAAGUAUAUCCCAGGAACGAAGAUGGUGUUCGCUGGUCUCAAGAAGGCCGAUGAACGAGCUGAUUUGAUCAAAUACAUCGAAGUCGAAUCGGCCAAGGCCCCAUAA